UGUCAAAUGAUGAUUAGAAAAAAACACAAAUACAUAGUCUAUAUUUAGUAGCUGAUCAUUUUUCUAACACCAAAUUCGGACCAAAAAAAACCCCGAAUACAUUCGAAAUUAUUGUGUUCUUACCGCGGUUUACCGCUUCAGCUUAAUAGCGCUGUACCCCAGAAACAGACCAAGAAACCAGCGUUAAAACUAAACGGUUAUAAGCCAAAUUGAAAGAGACCUUGGAUUGUAAAUGGGUGGCGCAUGUGCUUACUAAAAUUCCAAUUAACAAAAUGGACAAGAAAGAAGUGCAACAUCAUCGCAGUCAGCAGACGAUGACAAAAUCUCUAUACGCCAUUGGGAUGGGUCUUCUGGGAAAAUCGGCGACCAACAUGGGUGGUGCUAAAACGAAUUUGGAAUCGGCAGGGAAGAGCUCCUCAACGAAUUAUAACAAAAAUCGGCUCUAUAACGAAAGGCUCGUUGCGAUGGCCUCCGGAGCUCUGCCUUCCGUUUCGGGGACUAACCAUCAUUAUAAGCAACAGCAGCUCCUAACUCAACAUGCUCCCAAGUGCACUGCCGAUCUCAACGAGAAACUAGUAAAGAUCAACCGGCAAAACGCCUAUAAAGAACUUUCCACCAUGCAGGCAAGGGAUAUGCAAUCCGUUGACAAAAACGAAGAGGCCCUAAAGGAAUUGCAGGAGAGCAUUCCGGAAAUCAACAAAAUCUUCGAUGUGCACUGUCGCAUCGGCAGUGGAACCUUUAGCACAGUUCUCCUGGGAACCCUGCAGCGGGAAAGAUGUCUCGUGGAAACCCAGAGGAGGAGAUUCGCCAUCAAACAUCAUAAUCCCACAAAUCAUCCGGAGAGGAUUCUUAAAGAGUUGGAGUGCAUGUAUCGCAUUGGUGGAGCGGAAAAUGUAAUCGGAAUUAAUUGCUGCAUUAGAUAUAAUGAAAACGUGGCCUUUGUCAUGCCCUAUAUGACCCACGAUCGCUUUCAUGACAUUUACCGAAGUCUGAAUUUUCCAGAGAUUCGCGACUAUCUGAGGAACUUGCUAAUCGCCCUGCGACAUGUUCACAAGUUCAAUGUGAUUCACCGGGACGUCAAGCCAAGUAACAUUCUAUAUAACCGCAGGACCGGCAAGUUUUUACUCUGCGAUUUCGGAUUGGCUCAAAGGAUCGCCGAUGAUGGCAGUGUCGUGCAGUCAAGUGACCUCAGCUCCCGGGAAGUAUUCACCUUCCUGAGGGACCUGGAGAGUGGUAGAAACCUGAUGCUGACGGAUGGCAAUUCGGCCCAAGCCGAGGCUGAGGAUUACAUGGCCCGUCGAAGGAUGCGGGCUCUAGGUGGCGGUGGGGGCGUGGAACGGGCUCUGCCUGGACCUCCGAGUAUUCAGAAACUACGCGAGCAAGCGGGUGGCCAUUUGACCAAAAAGGAUGUGGCGAACCAGAGGGCUGACACCAUGAGGCUGCUGAACCGCCUGCGACUCAUGAGCCCGAAUGUAGAUCCCAAUAACUACGUGGUCUCCACAAACACCUCGAAGAAGGAGAUGCACGCUUCUAGGGCUGGAACCCCAGGAUACAGACCCCCGGAGGUUUUGCUUCGACAUCCCCAACAAUCCACUGCGGUGGACGUGUGGGCAGCUGGCGUUAUAAUGCUCUCCUUGCUCUCUGGUCUUCAUCCGUUUUUCAAGGCCCCCCACGACUGCGGCGCUCUAGCUGAAAUAAUUAACUUGUUUGGCGAUAUGCCGGUGCGGAAAACUGCCUUCCUGCUGGAUAGGCUGAUUUUGCUGGCGCAAAAGGUAAACACUUUGGAUCUACGGAGGGUGUGCAUGAGAUUUCGCCAUGCGGACUUUUUCCUGGCCCCCGAAAUACACCGUAAAUAUCGAAGGCCCGAUGGCACUACGGAAAUGUGCCGCAGUUGUGAGCAGCCCACGUUUAAUUGCCUUUGCAGCAACAGUGGGCAUAAUUUGGAAAGGUACGAUGGGCUGGACAUGUUUCCCGCCGUGGCCUACGACUUGCUGUCCCGCCUGCUGGAAGUUAAUCCCCAAAAGCGUAUCACCGCCGAGGAGGCCCUGAAGCAUCCGUUCUUCAGCGACCAGCAUCGCAUUACGCCCGGAAUACCUCUGCACCAGCAGCAGCAUAUACUGCAGCAUCAGCAGCAGCUGAGAGCCAGGGAAACACUUCCUUCGUCGGCGGCCCGAACUCUGAAGGCAUUCGUGUGCUACCCCAUGGAGUUGGCUUCUACGGCAACACAGGCAGCGGGUAAUACCUGACUCUGGUCUUUGGUCUCCGAUAUUUCUUUGUGUGUAUCCUGCCUUCUUUUGAGUCGGCGAUUUGAGUCCUGAGAACCAGAUGAACUGGAAGAAUGCUUUCAGCUUGGCCUUUUGUGGGCAAUUAAAAUUGUAUUGUGCACAAACCAAAAAAAUUGAAUAUAUGGAAGCUGCAAAAUGUUUACGAAAUUAACAUCAAAAAUAAAA